AUGAAGGAUAGGUCGAACAAUUUUGUUGACUCCACCGAUACCUACAACACCACUAUCCUCCACGUCCCUAGCAUUAAGCUGGUGGUAGCAGGGGAUAUUGUGUACGGAGAUGUGCAUCAGUUCUUUGGAGAAGCCAACACAACCGAGAAGAGACAGGAAUGGCUUCGUACGCUGGAUAAAAUUGAAUCCCUUCAGCCGCAUACCGUCAUCGCAGAUCAUAAACGGGCGGGUACAGUCGAUGGGCUGUUCAACUUGGACAAGACCCGGCAGUAUAUUUUGGAUUUUGAAAAGGCAGUUGAGUCGUCAUCGGGAUGGGAAGAGCUUUGGACAAAGGUGCAAAUGCAGUACCACGCGAUUAUCAGAGGGGCACUAGCGGCUUUCCCGGAAAGCAAGCCUGCCUAG